AUGGAUUGCCUGUAUCUUGCUAGUGUAGCAUUGUUCUCAAGUUUUCACAGUGCCUUUUCUUCCUUUUUUAAUGCCACUUGCUGCUGCUGUCCUUACAGCACCCAUUCCUCUCCUGUUCUCUCUCUAUCCAGUUUCCUUGCAACCAGUAGCAGCUUAUGGAUUGGUAAUGUUGCCACAGACGCUGUGGUUGCUGUGACAAGGGACUGGUGUCCUCUCUGUUCCACUGAUGCACACCAGCCUGACCUGCAAUCUGCAGAAAAUCCAAAGUGCCAAAUAGAGAAUAAGACCCAACCUUUAGAACUAAUUUUGUUUUGUAUUAGUCUUACUUGA